AUGAAGCUUGUUGCAAAAGAUGCAGUAGUUAUAGUAAGUUAUUUUAAUAAUGUUAACCAUGAAUAUUGGAUGAAAAGGCUUCAUGAUGAACAAAUGGGUUUGUAUAGGAAUACAUAUGGUUUAGUAUCACCAAAUGAUACCAAGUGGAACUCAAAUUAUGUUUGUUAUGUAAGUGUAAAAGAACUUAAAGAUCUUAUGAAACUUUUUGUAAGAUGUUUGGAUAAAUUACAGGUGGAUAAGGCACAAUUACAUGAUGUUAUAUUGUCAAUUAAAGUCAUCAUGAUCAAGAAAUAG